AUGAGUUCAACCUGCCCGGGACAUUAUUGUGGCAAGACGUUGAUAAAUGGCUCGUUUGAUGGAGAAUGUGGGGUGAGUAUAGUUCCAGCUGAAUUUUAACAAGUCAUCUAAGCUGUUGGAAUGGCAUUCUAGCUACUACUGUAGCACUUAGGUCUGUAACCUAGUAUUAGGCUAUACCCAUACCCUAAAAUGUAGUUGCAUUAUCAGGUAUGUCCCAGAGGAGAGAGGACGAACAUGCAGAAGAUCUGUGAGAAGUGUACAGGAUCCCCUGAACUUUAUGACUGGCUGUACCUGGGCUUCAUGGCAAUGCUGCCACUGGUUCUACACUGGUUCUUCAUCGAGUGGUACUCUGGGAAGAAAAGGUAAUGUCUCAUAUUCAGCCCAAAUUACUGCAGUCAUAACCAGUAGUGGCGCGUAGUUAAAUCACUGGAGAAGCUAAUCCAGAAAGAAACUAACAUAUUACAACCUAUGUGUUGUGGUAGUUGCGUUGUUUGCUCUAUAACGUGUUAGUUCAUAUGCCUUGCCACCGUGAUAUAUAGGCCGAGACAAUAAGAAGACCCAGUGGCAGAAUAAAUUCAACCACACCUUUUGUUUCAUUACAAAACCAGAGAGCAACAUCUGUCCGGUGAAGUCCACAAAACAAAUUGCAUGUAACAAACACUUACAUGACCUACAGCAUGGUCAAGCAAGGUAAUGUUUCCGACAUUUUCAGACUACUAAACAAUUAUUGAUUUAGAACCACUGAGCGUUACCGCAAGUCGCAAAGAAAACAGGAGAUGCCUCCACUAUUCCAGCAUUAUUUCAACUCCGACAUUUCAACAUCUAAUCACCUAUGCUUAGUCUAAUACAGUGACAACUAUUAAUAGAUACCAAAAAUAUUUUAGUCCAAUCAACAUAAGCUAAAUAUGAUGUCCAUGUAACUGAUUUAUGUGUUUGUGUAGUGUGUGUGCGUGUGUGCAAGUAGAAAAACAUGUUGACUCACCCUACUUGUAGAGAAACGCCAAUGCCAUCCUCCUCUUUCAUGUUGCCUAAACGGUCUAUAACUCUGUCAUAUAUUACACACUUUUAGUUUUUGUUGUCCUAGGCUACCUGGCUAAAAUACUUGCUUGUUAGCCUAACUUCCUUUCAUUGGCAACGAUGAGCCAGGCCAGCUAGUUAACAUUAGCAUACUACAUACUACGUUAUAAUCAUUGGCCAGUUUGGCGAAUUAAGUAAAACCACAAGUACAAAUCCCUAUCUCCAUCGAUGGCUAAUUUAGGAAAGGGAUGAUUUGAGCUAGCUAGCUAGCCACCGGAGGACAACAACAUAACGAGAUGCAACAAUUCAAGUUUUUUUCUGUCAAUAAUGACAUUUGGUUUGUGAUGUGGUUGGUCUGAAGGCAAAUCCAAACUGGCUUCCCUGUGCCAGGACCAUUCACAGCUGAGCUCACUCAGUUUAGCUCAACGCUGAUUGGCUAUAAUUUAUUUAUCAAGGAAGGCCAAAUGCUCGCUGGCUUCCCUUGCAUUCAAUGCUAUGGGCGGCAACAAUGUCAUACUCUUUCUGACCAGACAGCAUCAGAUAGAUACGCUACACAUACUGAGACAGAGGGGCGCUGUUUCAUUCGCUCUGAUUCUUUAUCCUGUGAGAUACAUUCAGCUUCUUACGAAUGGAAGGACGUUUAUGAAACACCGAGACGAAAGAUAAAAAAACAUACAAAAUGUAUUUUUUUGUUGGUACAUUUUUCGGGGAAGCCUGGCUUCCCAUUGCAUCCAUGAACAUAUCAUAUCUAAAUCUGAAAUGUCAUAGAUUACAAAUUGCAAGAACAGAUCACUCUGGAGUCGGCGGUUAACAGAAUGUGUAAUUUAGCCUAGUAAUCACCAAAACUAUGUUUCAAGUGUGAAUUAAGCAGGUCUGAUGCCGAAAAAUAAAGGAAAUUCUUGGCUACUUCACCCAUAUUUAAUUUUUGUUACCUGGCAAAAAGUAAUUAGCUACUAAAAACACUAGCAAGAUUUUGAAUUUAGUUAAUCUACCAUUAAGCUACUACAAAAUGUAGUUAAAUUACUGGUUGAACUACAUGCAGUUCAGUACUCCCCAACACUGCUGUAGAGGUAUUUUAUGAAAGGAGGAGUUUAACAUGGUCCUGUAGUAGCCUACUUGGUAACUCACGUUAAUGUUGCUGAUAUUAUGUAUAUUGUUCUGAAGCUCCAGUGCCCUCUUCCAACACAUCACAGCCCUGUUUGAGUGCAGCGCUGCGGCUGUGGUGACUCUGCUGGUCAACGACCCAGUGGGUCUGCUGUCUAUCAGGUCCUGCAGAGUCCAGAUGCUGUCAGACUGGUACACCAUGCUGUACAACCCCAGCCCAGACUACGUCACCACUCUACACUGCACACAGGAAGCUGUCUUUCCCCUGUGAGUAGCCUAUGACUCGUCCAUGUCAUGAAUUGGAUCUAUGAACUUUGCACUUUUAGGGCUGGUUUCCCAAUUCAUCCUGGACUCAAAGCAUGCUGAAAUAGCUUUUUAGUCCAGGAUUAAGUUCAAUCUCUAUCUGGAAACAGUCUCAUAAUUAAGUGAUAUGAGUUGAACAUAUGAAAUUGGUUGGUAUGUUCAGCUUCGGAGCAGUGUGCGCACAAUCAAGCACAGUGUGAUGUGAGAUGUUUUGUUCAUUGAAUAACAUGACUUGUUCUGUGUCCGCAGGUACACUAUAGUGUUGAUCUACUACGCCUUCUGCCUGGUGUUCAUGAUGCUGCUGCGUCCACUCCUGGUCAAGAAGAUCGCCUGUGGUCUGGGGAAAUCUGACCGCUUCAAGAGCAUCUACGCUGCUCUCUACUUCUUCCCUAUCCUGACAGUCCUGCAAGCUGUGGGAGGCGGCCUGCUCUGUGAGUAUGCUUUCAAAUAA